AGGCGGGUAUAAACGUAAACAGACUUUUUGUCUGGACGCUAGCUGGACUUCGUGGUGCUGUUUUCUAUUUACUCUGAACUUUUUAAGAGUCCUUGUAGUUUCGAUGAGUUAGUCUUUUUGUAAUUGCGGUACAUUUUGACCUCAACAGUUGAUGAAUGAAUAAAAGUUAAGAGCUAAAGAGCGAGCCAAAGCUCCGUGAGCAGCGGGGCUAGCUGGUAGCAGCAGCCUCAUUGAUGACAUUAAUGUCAGCCUCAUCACCUCCAUCACCAUCACCUCCAUCAUCACCAUCAUCUCCUCCAUCACUUCCAUCUCGUCCCAGCUGCCCAGCUCACCUGCUGCUCGAUGGAGGACUACGGCAGGUUCGUGCAGCGGUGUGUGUCCCAGCUGAAGAGCCUCACCGAGGGAGAGCCCAGACCUCCAUCUGCUCCCUCUCUCAUCCGCUUCUGGGGACGACCCAUCCUCCCUCCCCUGCUCUCCGGCAAACAGAGAGAGGAGAUGCGGCAGCUCAGGGAUGAAGUCCAGAAGAUGUCAGUCUCCAUGGAGGUGAAAGAUGAUCCCAGAAUGGCCUAUGUGCAAACUAUUCUUCACAGCGUGCAGCUAAGAAAGACGCCAACACUGGAGGAGUUGCUUCAGGAGGCUGAGAUUAAAGCCGACUCUUCACAUCACAGCAGCAGCGUUAGAUCAGAGUCCCACUGCCGGCCUUUUGAUGGAACCAAGGAAAGUCUUUCACUAACACCUGUAGGGAAAUUAACUAACUCUCUUCCUCCAAUGACUUCCACUACGUAUAGUGCCUUUUGCAAGUCUAAUUUGACACCCCAGCAAAGUUACCAUGAUGGAGGCUUUACGGAGCCACUUGACAACCAACAAGACUCACAGCCAUGCUCCUUUAAUGGUGCAAACCAGCACUUACUCUCCUCUGGUUAUGUGACGUCUGAGAAUGUUGAAAAUAUCACCACCGUCUCUGGAGGGAUUGACUCAGAAACUGAGAGUCGUGCUUUUGGUUCCUCUGAUGACGUUCAUAACACCGAUGGCGUUUUCCUACACAACACCUCAAAGAUAAUCCAUACUAUGCCAGAUAUUAUUAGCCACCCUCCCAUAGAUGGAGAGGAGUUAGAGAGGAGUGGGCUGGAAUCAUCCUUCUCUAGUGACUUAAUAAGAGUAAGAAAUAUUUUUUGUCCUUCAUUUCACAAUUAUUCAGUAAACCAUUAUCAGCACGAUACGGAGAAUGAGAAUAAUAUUCCCUUCUCCUCAACAUAUGACCCUGUCAACGGUGGCAAUAAAGACAGAAAUGAGGGUCAGACAACAGAAUUGCACAUUCAGCUAAACCCAAGUGAAGCAGAAGCAGAGGACAACCAGGUAAACAAAGAAGAGACAAAACCAUCGGAGGAGAAGACACAAAGCCAUCCGCUCAGCCUCCAGGCCUUACUAAAGAAAUCUCAGGAGUAUCGUCGGCGCCAGCGGAUGCUUAGGAACCAAGCCAAAAACACUAAAAUCCAGGAAAGGACCCAAGGGCAGCCAAGAGCACGAACAGAGGAGCAAAGCCACUCUGAUAAGGAGAAUGAUGAGUUUCUGUACAAGGGCGCUCUGACUGCUGAGGGAAAGAAAGCUAAAGAGAGGAGGGGCAUUUUUAUCCCGUCAGUUGAAACGUCACCACCGAAAUCCCAGGAUAAUGAGAAGAUGAUUGAGAGUGAGGUCACAGGAAAAAAGACAAAUGGUAUCAUUGAAAGCACAGAUGUACUAGAAGAUGAAAAUAACAAAGACUUGACAAGUGCUAAAGAAAAAACCUUGAAGAACAAUAAGCUGAACAGUUCCCAAGAGGCCAUAACAAAACCUCAACAAAUCAAUGCUUUUGUCCAGCAGGAGCCCUUAUCGUCAGAAACCUCCCUGGUCCAAGAAGCCUUUUAUGGGACCACCUGUUUUAAAACACCUUGUACAGAAGGAGGGAAGUAUCACUCUGUUCCAACCCCUACCUUCAGUCGGAGUCCUGUCCCCUGUAAAAGCAAAGGUCGUGUGAAACUAGGACGGUGCGUUGAGGGGACGGAGACCUCAGUCGGAGAGUUUGUCGUCUGUAAUUUGGCUGAAGACAAUGUGGAGGAGGUUAAUUUGGCACAUCAAAACAGUCACACAGCACCUCCCAUCACCUUGAAUCUCCUAGUUGAGGAGGAUGUGACAAAUGUAGUGGCUAAAAGUUCACUGCACAUAGAUCAGCUCGAGUCGAACCUGUCCAGUUUAAAGGUACUGAUCUCAGAUUUGGAGUCCACAGUGAAGGAGAACUUGGACCGUCACUGCCAAGUUGGCAACAACGUGCAAAGUGAGUCAAGUUUCAAAAGCAUCAAGCGCUCUGAGCAACUUCACAAUAAUCAGCAUCUUGAACUUGGUCGAUAUGCUCACUUCCAGGUUUGGGAGGAGAAACAGAGGAUUGAUGAUGAUGAUCACUACAGUGACAUGAAGGCCGGGGAACAGUCAGGAACAUUCCCCUUCCUCAAUUUAACAAACAUCCAUGACCAUUCAGGCCCUCAGUCACACACCAAUGAAGCAGAUGAUGAUGAUGUCCUCACAGAUAAGGAGAGCAGAACCGAGACAGUUGGAUUAAGCCAAAGCAAACUGGUCAAAAGCUCAAAUCCAGAGAGAGGAAAGGAAAAAGAGAUGGAUAAGGAAGAAUCAAUCAAACAUUCCCAAAGUGGAAACUGCAUAAGACAGAAGCUUCCUGGUAAAAGCAUCCUGUCUGUAGCACAGCAGAUGCACAUCCCUAACAUAUUCCGUAAUAUCCCCAUGGAAAAGGGGACCCCGUGUAUCACAUCAGUGCUUUCAGAUAACGGCAACCAUUUGGUUGAGGGAGAGCGUGAGAUGGAUUUGGACGGUCACGACUCUAUGCACUCGCCAUCUCUUAAUCGGUCGUAUGACGUGGAGACACCGUCUGACCUUUGGCUGCAAGAAGACUGGGGAUCUGACCCGCACUCACAAAGUUGUCUCAGUCAGGACAAAUAUCUGACUCCAGAGAGCGGCAAGGAGGAUCAGGAAGGGCAGUCUAAGGUCAAACGAAGGCUGCUCAUGCAUGUAACAGAGGAUGUCCGGGCAGAAAGUUUGGACACCAGCAGAGGAGUAACAUCUGGGGUCAGACCAAACUCCAGCACUCCAAGAGCUGCCCUGCGUUGGUCUGAAGGUCGUGACGAUCAGAGGAACAAGCAAGAGCAAGUGAAACGGGCCCAUGCUGAACAAGUCAGAGCCCUGCAAGACGAGCACAGGAAACAGCAGGAAGAGCUUCUACAGGCGUUGGCAGUACGUUACAGAUUCCUCCAGAACAUGUCCUUCCCUUGUUCCAUGUCAAGCUCUUGUCCCGGGGACACGGUGACCUUCUCUACUCUCUCACAGCCCCUCGGCCCGUGCUCGCAGCACUACCGCCCCCUGCUGGCAGCGGCCGUGAAGGGUUUCCUGACUCGGAGGCUGCUGAGGACAGAAAGAGUUGCUCAACUGGUGCGCACCAUCAGGGUAUGUGGAGUUACACGUCACCUGAAGUUACACGUCACCUUUUAUGAUGAAGACACGCAGCAGUUCCUGCGGGCCUUCCAGCAGCCGAGUGUCGGCAGAGGGGAGUUCUGUAGCAGGCAGGAUGUCCUUCUGCAGGACAGAGUCCUUCUGCAGCUGCGAGCAGGACGCUAUGAGUUUCAUGACAUUUUCUUCAGCCUGUCAGCCGGAGAGCAGAUGCAGCUGAUCAGCUGGGACAGAGAGCUGGACAGGGAGAGGGAGCUCAAACGGCAGAAUGGGUGUCCCAGAGGAAAGACUUCACUGUCGGCUGCAACACAAAAAUCAUUGGAGAGAAAAAGAGGAAUGAUGAUUCAGAAGAAGACUGCAGAAAGGCACAUGGCACAGGUUUUGAUGAGGACUGGACAAAAGUCUGAAUUUUCAGUUGAGAAACAGCAGCAGAUAAAGCGACGAAAGUUCAGAGCAAAUCCGGAGAGAGUCCUCAGGAGCGCUUGCUCUUCCAGACCUCUAUGACACUUUCCUAAUUGGGCCCAGUGAGCACUCCUAACGACCCCUCCAGUGAACUAUCUGAAUAGAAUAUCACAAAUGUUGUAAAUCUAAGUGGGACACAAAUGGAUUCAUUUUGCUGACCAAGCUUAAGGUUACAGCUCUACUAAAGUCAGGAAUUACAGAGCUUCCUGGUGUCUUGCAGGUCUGUUUUUAUUAUGUUUUUCUACAUUCAAUAUACCUUUAAUGAAAAUGUUUGAGGGGGAAAGUUGAGUUGCUUUCUUUUCUUCGGUUCCAGGAUAGUUACCCUGUUAAAGUCUGGGCCAUUGUUUUAGUUCAUUCUGGGUGUUUUGCGUUUUCUUAUUAUUCCACACUGAAUAUUUAUAGGAAGCUGGGUUGUCAGCACCCAAGUAGAGAAUCAUUAGUUAUUAACUGAAGGUGUGGUGAAAAAGGUGCUUCAUGUUUUAUGUGCCUGUGACCUCAGACAGACAAUCUUUUUACCAUAUGUGGACCCCCUUCAGUAGGAGGUCCCCUUAGUGUUGCCGAUAUUUAUACAGUACAGAAUACAAGUACAAGUUGUGUCACUCCUUAGUGCUGCCUUAAAUGUACUGUUUUGUAAUGACUCAUUAGCCAAAAGUAUGUAAAGCUUUUGCAUAGUUUUGUACAUGUUUUCUAUGUUAUUUAUUUUGUGGUUGGAAAUAAAGUUUUAUAAUUGGUUAA